CUGCUCCAGAUGCUCGCCUACUCUCUCUCCUCGCUCGCUGCCGGCGUUGGCGUCAAGAGCAUCGCGCCCACGCGCCACUCCGAACUGCUGCCGCGCGCCGAGGUCGAGGCGCUCGGCAUCGUCUGGAAGGGCAACUCGUCGUCGGAGACGUCUCACGACUCGCUCGUAGAACUCACCUCGUACCCGGACGACUUUACGUGGUGCGACAAGGACGGCGUCAACUACUGCACGCCGUCGCUCAACCAGCACAUCCCCCAAUAUUGUGGCUCGUGCUGGGCGCACGGCUCGCUCUCGGCGCUCGCCGACCGCAUCAAGAUUGCGCGCAAGGCGCAGGGCACCGACAUCCAGCUCUCGGUCCAGCACAUGCUCAACUGCGGCAACGCCGGCUCGUGCCACGGCGGCUCGCUCGACGGCCCAUACCAGUGGAUCCACUCGCAGCCGGCCGGCAUCUCGUACGCAACCUUGCAGCCGUACAUGGCCUGCUCGGCCGAGUCCAAGGAGGGGACCUGCGCGCACGGCGACUGGAGCUGCACGCCGAUGAACGUGGCCCGCACGUGCGGCACCUUCGGCCAAGAGUGCGUCGGCCUCUCCCACUUCCCGAACGCCACCAUCGCCGAGUACGGCCACAUCUCUGGCGCGCGCGCGAUGCAGAAGGAGAUCUUUGCGCGCGGUCCGAUCGCGUGCACCAUCGACGCGGCGCCGAUCGAGAAGUACACGGGCGGCAUCGCCACGCAGCGCUCCUUCAUGACGGACCACGUCAUCUCCGUCGUCGGCUGGGGCACCUGCCCCAAGGAGGGCCUCUACUGGAUCGUCCGCAACAGCUGGGGCGAGUACUGGGGCGAGCAGGGCUACGUCAAGGUCAAGUCUGGAGCCCUCGCCCUCGAGCAAGCCUGCGCGUGGGCGACCGUCCAGGACUUCACCGCCCCCGAGCGGCACAACCAGUACGCCUGCUUCGAGGACGGCUCCAACUGGGACGCGUCCAAGCCCGGGGCCGACACGCCGCCCGCCAAGGAGGGCGCCAUGCUCGGCAAGCUGCACGAGGCGCUCGGCGGCGGCCUGUAGAGGCGCGUGGCCCCAGAGGCGGGUGGAGGAUGCGCGGCCAACAAGGGCCCGCGCCUCCCCCAGCCCGCCUCGCCCCGCCCCCUCGCCCUCGCCGACUGCGCGGAAGUGGGGACGGAUCCUCCCCUUCCCCCCCUCGGACGCCGCUUGCCCCCCCCCCCCCCCGAUCGACCUGUCCAUCUUUUCUGGUGCCACUGACGCGCGCCCACGUUGCCUGUUCGUGGGCGGUGUUGUGGGGUGUUCUCUCGCCCGCGCUUCUUUCCUGGUGCACCGCACGCGUCUAGCUCUUGUCAGGUCGCGCGGAAGGCUGGGAGCUGGGACGGUCUCGUGUGCGAGCUGUGUCAGCCUGACUCUCUUGCACUCUCUCUCCUCGCUCGCUCGACCUCUCUCGUACGAGGUGUACCGUACUCGCCGCGAACGAUCACACCGCGCUCGAGUGUGUAUAAUACAUGUGCGUGUAUAUAUGUGC